AUGGCUCCCCACACGAGAUUCAAGCUGGCCGUCAUCAGAACCAUGCGGUGCGACUUCUGCAACGACGGCAACGUUGAUGGUGUUCAAGAAUGCCAGGACUGCAACGUGCAUUUUUGCCGCAAGUGCGUCGAAAGCGGAAAGCUGGAUAAUGACGAGAGGCACCGGAUGCAGCAGAAGGCCAUCAUUAAACUGAAUUGGGCCAAACCCCCCAAGGGUCGACGUGCGGCGCACCACAGGGAAACAGCCGCCAGUAAGCCCCUCUCUCACGACCGGCCUUCGAAGGAGCAGCGACUCGAGGCCCGCCGGGCUGAGCGGCGUCUGCGACAUGAAGCUCGUCACAUCGGACGUCACCAUGAAUCUGCGCCUCAUUUCCAGGCCUCUCAGGACCCGAGAACCCAGCAACCUAUGGGUGCUUUCCCCGGCAAUGGCUUCAACAUACCUGCCAGUCAUCAUGAGCACGUCGGCCACGGCCAAUUUCAGUACGUCUCGGCGCCUCCUGGCUAUCCUCCUGGCUAUGCCUCAUCGCCACCUGGGUACGCUCCAUCGCUGCCGGCCCAUGCUAUGCCGUAUGGUGCCCCAUCUGCUGGUCCUGGCCAGCACGGUCAGCACGUCCAGCACCCUGGCUAUGGAGGAGGACUGGCCAUGCCCUCCGGACCAAUAUACGGUCACCAUUUCUCUGUCAAUCCUGGCCUGCCUCCGCGAGGCGAUCCCCGUCUCCAUACACCACCUGGUCAGCCAUAUCCUUACGGCGGUCACCCGGUUCCCAAUAACUUUGGGGGCUACUAUGGAGGUGGGCCCCCGGAGUACACAGCAGCUCCCACGCCUCCGGGCUUUCCUGGCCCGGGUUUCCACCAACCCCCCUCUCAGCCGCAGCCUAUGUACAAUGACAGAGGAUACGUCUCGCGCGGCAACAUGCCCACCGGCCAACCUGUCUCAGGCCCUGGCCACGCUUCCGGUCAUGCUUUCGGCCAACCCUACGGCGGAGGUUCUUUCUCUCACGCCCAAUCACCCCACGAGAGGCAGCCGCAACCUCGUGGACAGGAGCGCGUGCCAGCAGCAGGUGGAGAGGCUCCUAAUUUUGCCGCGCCUGCUCGAGAGGCUCGAGCUCGUGAGCCAACGUCUCAAGGGCACACUGAGCAGCCCGUUAACUCUUUGACCAUUCAGCAGCAGCAACAGCAGCAGCAGGCAUGGGAGCAAGAACAAGCCCGGCAAGCAUGGGAGCAAGAGCAGGCCCGGCAGGCGUGGGAACGCCAGCAGGCACAGCAAGCGCUCCAGCAGAUGUGGGAGCGAUCGCAGCAGCAAGCCAUACAGCAGAACACACAGCCCGUGGCCCAGCAAUGGCAGUCGCAGGAGGGGCAACAACGCAGGGUACAGCCAGAGGUAGAUCAGGCGAGCCAGACGCCGCAACAGGCGCAAAAGCAAGAUGAGCAGAGACAGGAGCGGCGUGAGGAGCAGCAGUCGCAACAGCAAGCCGUUCGUCCCAUCUCGAAGGGCGGCGCUGUCAGUGGAGCCCCUCCCAGUACCGGUCCUCCCUUCACUCUGCCUCCCAUCGUUUUUGCUCCUCACGUCACGGCUCCCCCUAUCACUCUUCCUCCCAUCACUGCUCCUCCCGUCACUGCUCCUCCCAUCACUACUUCUCCCAUCGCUGUCUCAGGAUUUCAGCAAACCCGGCUGCCAGUCUUGGCUCCGGCUCCGGCUCCGACUCCUGCCCCGCGGCCGUCCGCUCCAGAGCCCGACACCACCAGCCAGUCAGGCCAAGUGCAGCACAGAGAAACUUGCAUCGCUCCAACUGUGGUAGAGCACGCGCAGCGCCCCUUCGGAAUCCCCGCGUUCGCCCGCGACCUGUACGCGGGCCGGCCCAACCACUACGACGAGACAGUAGCCCGCUGGGCCCAGUCCCAGCCGGUGCGCGCAAAACAGAUCCGCGAGUACGACGAGGACGACUACGAUGAUGACGAUAACGACGACGACGACGACGACGAUGCCACAGGAACAGGCCUAGAUACGGCCCGCCCUGGAUGCCCCCCCUCAGGCCAGCCGCCGAGCAGGGGCCGGAAGCGCGCCCACUCGCAGGUGUCGUCGAUAGACUCGACGCUCUCGGCAGAACUGGACCCGGGCCAGCCGGAGCCCGACACCACGGAGGAGAGGCUGCAAGAGCUGCUCAACAAUGGGGACAUUGCGCGCGAGCAGCUCGAGGGGGGAGAGCGGGCUGCCCUCGACAUGGCGGCUGCUGCGAACACGCUGCAGGGGGGCGGGCGCGGCCUGAUCGGCGCCACGGGCGCCCUGUGCAUGGCUAAUGAUGUUGUGAUCAGGCGGCGCCAGGAGGAGUUUGACCGGAAGCGCCAGGAGGAGGAGAGGCACGCUGCUGAGCUGGUGGAGAAGAAGGGCCGAGAAGGCGGCGGUGGCAGUGGAGGUGUAGGUGGAAGUGGAAGUGGUGAUGAGGGCUCCCAGUAG